UAUGAACGGACGUUUUCUGUUCCUCACGCGACUUCAAUUGAGCAAUUGAAUUUUGAUUGAAUUACUGUUUUAACUUCAUUUACAUUGUGUGCGCCUCUGUUUUUAUGAUGAAAUAUUUUACCGGCAAUCACAGAAUAAUAAUAAAAACUCUCAACCCUUCGGAUACGGAUAAAUAAACAGUGAAUUUAAAGUUAUUAAAAAUGGAUUGUGUGAUUGAUUGUGUCAAUCAAAGUUUUAUAGUUAUGUGAUACACGUAAUUUUUAUUUACUGGAAAAUUUAUGUUUUGUGCUCAAGGUCAGGUGUAAAGUGACAUUAAAAGUAAAGAAACACGUUUUGUGGAAAGAAUACUAUGGUGAUAAGAAUUUAUUGAUUUUAAAUUGUAUUGGAAAACCAUUGUGAAUAUAUUCUUUUGCAAUUCUAAACAUUAUUUGGCGGGAAAGAAAACAGAGAUUAAGAAACCACAUAAAAUACACUCCUCGACAACGUAAUCUUCUUUACAUGGAUUUAAAAAUGGUCAUUGAUGAAUGUGACCUGCGUAAAAUCCAUAUUGUUGGCAUUUUGAUAUGGAUUUGUGGUAUCGGAGUGAUUAAAACUGAGAAUUACUUUACAUCGAACUCGGAAAAUUUUGAAUCGGUUCCAACAACUAUUAAAACCUAUGAAAAUGACACCGUUUUAUUGCCGUGCUAUUCAGUGGUAUCGUAUCAGUGGAUACGUUGGCUUCGUGACGACAUUCCGAUCAUUGAUUCACGAAAUCUUGGAGUUUCACCCUCGCCACGCAUAACACUGUUCAAUAAUGGCAGCUUACAAGUGAGAAACGUGGAGCGAAACGACACUGCUGAGUAUUUAUGUGAAGUAAUGACAACAUCCUUUUCGCUUGAAACACAACUGCAUGCAAUCGAAGUUCAAUAUCCACCGACUGUUGUGUCGCAGCCCAGUGGUCGCAUCGAAGUCAAAAUGGGUUCAGUGUUCGAAAUAGUUUGCGAAGCGCAUGGCAUUCCUCAACCAAUUAUAUCGUGGAGACAUCAUGAGCAAUCGAGCAGCACACAAUUGGAGAAUGUUCGAAGAAAAUUGAUCGAAGUAAAUGAUCGUAAUAUGGCUGGCAAAAUUGAAUGCAUUGCUACAAACGGAGUGGGUCAACCGGCUGUUGCUGGUGUUGAUAUGAUUGUUUUGUUUGAACCAGAGAUAAAAGCUGUUGAAAAUAUUGUGCACACAAAACUGCAAUUAAAUGCACAGUUGGAAUGUGUGGUCACAUCACAGCCAGAUUCAAAAGUACAUUGGUUCCACCAUGGAUUUCCAGUAGCAUCAAGCAACCGAAUUCUUCGUCAAAAUCAUGCGAUUCUUACAAAUCAAACAGUCAACGAUUACCAUUCUGAUACAAAACACAUUUUAAUCAUUCGAAAUAUCAUGGAAACCGACCUUGGAAUGUAUGAAUGCCGUGCUGAAAAUUUAAUUGGACUGAAUAGUGCCUCAAUUGAGCUUACCGGUCGCCCAUCACUUCCUACGUUCAAGAAGUCGCCGCAAACACAGGACCCAAGCUCACAUUAUUUAAUUUGGCAAAUCGAAAGCUUAUCGCCACUUUUCGAGCACAUAUUGAAAUUCCGUAAAGUCCCUUCGGGCAAUGUAACACCACACAAUCGCAAAUAUGCAACAGCAUGGCAUGAAAUCGUCGUGCCAGCAGAGAUAUCCGAAGGCCCAAUACACACAACUGGAUAUGCGCUCAAAGGAUUGGAACCAGCAAGUGUUUACGAAGUUACUGUCGUCUCACGCAAUCGUUUUGGAUCCAGUGAUUCAUCGCGUAUCAUUCGCUUUGCAACGUCUGGCGAAAUUGAACUAAAUUAUUCAACGGAAAGCACAGAUGAAGAAACAUAUGAACAAAGCUACUACGAUGACGCUAGCUCAUCGGCAAUGGAACCACAUUCAACGCUGGACAACAUAGAUCCGUAUGGACCUUUUCCGUACAAUACAUAUCAUGGUUCAGCUUCCAAAAGUGCCGAAACAUCUCUUUUGUUAUUCGCAAUAGUUGGGUUAUUUUUAUUUCAUUGAACAAUAAAAGCAGAAUGAU